GUGAUGGCAUCGGCAGCCAUCGUCGUCCUCCUGGCUCCCCACGGCCUCAACGCCAUCUUCUCUGCCCUCCUGGCCUCUUCGAUCAGGCAGUCGAGGAAGGAGAGGAUCCUGAUCCGCAGCAUGAAGUCGCUCGAGGUGAUGGGGAGUAUCACCAGCAUCUGCAUCGACAAGAACGGGCUGCUGACCUCGGGCCCCAAGACGCUCGUU